AUGGAGAAGGAUGCGUUUGCAGGGGCUCUCAACCCUGGCCGUCCAGACUACAAGUACACAAAUCGUGAAGGCGGCUGUUCGAAAAUCAGUGAGGAGUUUGACAACUUCCACCUGCCGUUCGAAGGCGAAGUCGAGUGGGAAGAACCACACGAGCUGAUCAAAGAGGGUAUCAACCUGAUCGAAAGCAUCAAAGGCAGCAAAUACAAGUUAGACAGCGAACAACUUGUAGAUCCCAAGACCGUCGUGUCAUUUCCCGCCGUCGAAGCCAACGCUAGCCACUUGCCCGGCACCGAGGAGGACGCAAUCAAGGUUGACGUCCGGCAUUGGACUAAUGCAGUGGACGAGAUCAUCCGGGCAUCAGAGCCCCAGCUGCCCAAGAUGGUGUCGUGGUGGCUGAGUGAGGCCUCAGGCAGUGUGGCUGCAGUGUACAAGGCCGACACAGUGACGGCGACACAGAUUGCCGUAGACAGCAUCUUGAAAGCUGUCCGCAUUGCCAUGACUACCCAUAGCCGGCCUUCUUCGGCGGCGUCUUACCGCAAGCGCUCGCCGAUUCGCAAGACUACAAGUCGCGGCAGCCCGAGCGCAGCCGGCAGAUACGUCUCGAGGUUCAUGGAUAACCUCCGGAAGUGGGCCAAACGCGAGCCCAUGGAACCGCCAAAGCGAGGUCGCGGCCAAUCUUCCAAGUUUCCAUCGGUCGGCGAUAACCCCAACUGCGCGGGAAUUCGCAAGAACGCUCGUCAGGCAACUCCCCUGAACGCUGGCAACUUGCACCUGUUGAAGCAGGGGUUCGGCUACAUCCUUCAACAUCGUAUCCGAUGUGUUGAGCUGACAGACAGUAUGGGCUCAGUCUUCCUUGAGGCUCUAGGCCUCAAGAUAGACGAGUUUACAACUUCGCCGGAGCUCUUCCGACAGGCUCUCAAGUCUGGACCCAUUGGAGCAGGCAAGCUGCGCGUCACUGCCAUAGAACAGCAUCAGCGCGAGCAUAUCAUUGCGGCACGUGUCGCCUUCCGCGAUAGGGCUCGACGUGGCGUGCCUGACGACAUCGUUCCCGAAGGGUCUCAGCUUCCCACUGCGGAAUACUACAGGAAGCUUAAAUACACGGAUAAUGAGAUUCCGCAAAUGGAGGAGUUGAUGUACGGCGUGUGGCUGAGCCCGAAGAGGAAGAAACGGAGCGUAUCUCGUGAGGAGUAA